UUAAAAUGGCAGCUCCCAUGUCUUCGAAAAAUCAAAACAAACCAUUUUAGAAUCAGAAAUUUCCGAUCCUUUGGUGUCACCACUAAGUCAAAAUCGCAGAUUGUUAAUGUCAGGAUCAACAAAAAUCCCUAGCGUGGAAUAUACUUUCUAAGAAUAAUUUUGGGGAGAAAUCAUUAAAAAUAGGCGAGACAUGGCAAAAGAAGAAAUGCCAAUGACGUCCCUAAUUUCAGUAAAAAUGUCUUUAUUUGUAACACAUGGAAAGGUUUUUGUGUGGAAUACUGAUGAUGUAAUGAAGUUACGAGAAGAUUAUAGAAUAGUGGGUAAUCUAGUCGGGUGUUUACCUCGAGCACCUAGACAAAAUAUACAGCUAGGUUUACCUCUUCAGUUAGCACCUUAUGAAGUAACAUUACUACUUGAAAAAGGUUUAUGUGAAUUAUUAGAAUCUGUGAAAUUGUCUUCACAAGUUGAUGAAGAUAGAAUGAAACAAUUUACAGACAUGCGACAGACAUCCCACCAACAGCAGAUUCCACUUUUUAUUGAUGAAAGAAGAAAAGAAAUAAAUCAGCAUCGUCAUAAAAUAGUAGAGGGUAAAAAAGCUAAGAGACAUAAAUUAAAACAAGAUGGAGUUGAUGAUGAGAAUAAUGGCAUGGAGGAGAGGGAAGAUGAUUUUAACGUAGAUGAUAUUAAGAUUCCAUCCAUUAAACUAGAGCAAGCCAUUGUACAAUUAUUUACAGAAAGUCCAUGGAAAUCUAGAAUAUCAUCCAUACAUAAAGAAUGGCAGUAUCCUGAAUCGGAUUCUGAUAAAUUAAGAUAUGCUGUAUUCAAAGAUUUGUGGGAAAAAAAAUACUACUUGACAUCAGGGACUAAAUUUGGUGGAGAUUUUCUUGUUUAUCCAGGUGAUCCAGCUCUGUUCCAUUCCUUCUACAUAGCUGUUUGUAUUCCUCAUAAUGAUAAGUUAACUGCGCUAGAAAUAGUGACAUUAGGUAGACUUGGUGCCACAGUCCGUAAAACAGUAAUAUUGUGUUCUAUAUGUGAUAAUGAAGUCUACUAUACUUCUUUACAAUGGACUGGCAUAACCUAAUUAAAUUGAGCUGGUUUAACUGAUCAGUAUGAACAUUAGUGCAUCCCGUUGAUACAUUAUUAAGUCACUGUGUGUCAUCAGCCGUGCCAUGCCAACCUUUAUCCUAGUAAUGUCAUUACAUUUCCGACAAAUUACAAAUUCAAUUUCUGUAUGGGGUAGGCCUGGAGUCCCUUCAUUCUUGUAUUUCCACCCUCUUUUCUUGCCUGGAUACCCUUGUCUUUAUACAUGUCAUAGUGGUGAGUGAUAGUCAUGAUUAUCAAGUCAUCCAGAGUGAAAUUCAUUUUACAAGGUCCAUAUCAAUUUUCGAUUAGGUUAGAACAAUUACAUAAAUAUUGGAACUUUUAUUCGGAUAUCUGUUAACGGAUAUAAAGUAAUGGUUAUCGAAAUCAUUCUACUAUCUGUUCCAAUCUUCUGAACUUCUGUUGUGUUCAAUAUAUAGUGAUUUGAUGAUAUUUUUGGACUAAAAACAUAUUCAAACUAAUUAAUCUAUCAAACAUUUGCCUCAAAUCCCUCUCAAAACAUUGUAUUCACGAGGAAAUACCCCAAGAUAUAAAUAAUCUAUUUUUAGAAGCCAUGGUUGAUUGAGGGAGGGCCCAUUUUCGGAAUGUAUUUGUCGUUAGUUACUGUCCAUUUGCCAUACAUACUGAAGCUUAAGUAAAUUCUUGGAUUAACUUCUCCCAAUUUCUUUUUCCGCCAUUUAAUUGCAAGGUCUUUUGUAUGUUUAAAUCAGGCCUUGAGAUCUGAAAGUCACCCUGGAGUGAUAAAAUGUGUUUGCCAUAUAUUUUGCGGGAGUUAUUUAAGACUGCCAAUUUUCUAUCUGAGACAAUGCUUAUUGUAACUAGUUAACAUUAAAUUUAAAGUGUAUAAAUAAUACAUAAACACUGUUUAAUACAUGUAGUAAUACUGUAGUAACUGUUCAUUAUAAAAAAAGCAUUUGAAGAAUUCA